UGGACCGAGAAAAUCAGAUUCUUGCAGACAUGGUAGUCAAUGCGAUGCUAGUAUCAAUGGCUGUUCGGGCUGGUAGACAGAAAGAGAUGAUUUAUCAUUAUUUCGAACCAUCUGUCAUGUGGUGAACUUAUAUUUUAAGACAAGGGUCCAGGAGAUGGGACUAUAUAGCAAAAGGGUAAACUGGACAUGGUUAGAGUUAUUAUGGAUCCUAAAGAGGAAGCAAAAUUCACUGUUAGCAAGCUUAUACUUGGAGAAUUGUGGCUGAAAGCAAGCAGAGUUCCGUACGAAAAGGACUAUGAUGAUAUUGUUCCUCUUAUGCUAAUUUACUAUGUAUGAGUUAACGUACUUAAGAAAAAUGUAUUAUCUACCAAAUUCUCUAUUAUUCGUCUAUUAUUCCUCUACCUCUAAACUACCAAAAAAAAACUUAUAAUAUAGAAAAUUAAUGGGAUAAUAAGAAGUUUAGAUCUCAGUCAGUUGGUAACAAUACCAAUAUACCAUGUGCUACAUAUUUCAAAUCUAAAGAAAGGAAAAUUAUCUAAUUUGUUGUCAUAAUGCUGGUCAAAUCAAAACUAAAUUAUUUUCUUACUAAUUAAAAUGGUCAACUAAUCAACAAAAAAAAUAUUGAACAGUUUGACAUAUUGCUAAUAAAUUAAAUCAUUUUAGUAUGGUAUAUAAUCUAUUAGUAUUUAAUUUUGAAGAUAUUUUAUAGCCUAUAUAUAAAUCUCACUUAAGUUCCAAAAAACAUAGAACAAGAAAAAUGGUUGCUUACAUCGAUAAAAACUUUUCACCAGCUUGUUUACUGGUUUUACUUCUUUUUGUUGUCUCAUCAUAUGCAAAGUUUAGUACCAUGGUUACAACAUAUGAGAUCCACACUUUAUGCACCAAACCAGCUGUAAAAUCUUCAUUGUGUUUUGAGGUUCUAAAAGCAACUCCUGAAAUUGCUAGACUAGAUUUUUCUGGUCUCGCCAAAUAUUUGAUCAAUUAUCAUGCUCAAAAUAUUUUGGAUACGCUGAAGCAAUUUAAAUUAUCAAGAGGCUAUAUACCGGAUAUUAAUUCUGAAUAUCGCUUAUGUAAAGAAUUAUAUAAAGAUGCUCUCGACAAAUGUCCUUAUGCCCUCAAAUAUUUGGCUGCCAAAGACUAUUACAACUUCAAAAUUAUGGUAGCUCAAACGAUGGGAGAUAUGAAUAAUUGUAUUUAUGAUGAUUUGUCAACAAUGAAGCCAGUACCACAAUUUUUCAUAACGAAAACUAAUGAUAUUCAAGAAAUUGGUAACCUUAUCAUAGUAUUUGUCGAUUGUUUCAUACUAAAUGAACCAAGAUACUGUAUUAAUUCUCGCAAUCUAUAAUUAUAAUAAUAUUUAGUAUGGUUCUUGUCUUUAUCCCGAAAAAAGUAAUAAAGAUGUAAGAAUUUGAAUUAUGAUUUUAUCCUUCUCAUUUAUGUUUCGAAAAUAGCAAAUGCACCCUACGAUAAUCAAUCCAAGGGCUAGUUCAAUCUAGUUAGAUUCUCAAACCAUUUUGCUACUUUAACAUUUUGACAGUAUCGUCAAUUUU